AUGGCCAACACCAACACCAAGAACCCUCAUGUCAGCCGGCUUCGCCCUUGGCAGCGCCGCGCCCUUGAGAACGGUCGAACUCCGCUUCCCGAGGCCCAGGGAGACCAACGUUGGCUCAAUUCUCCGUGUCACUCACAACAGCCUGCAGGCUCUUUCACCCAGGGCGCUACCUCAACCACUCCUGCUGGAGAGUCCUCUGGUCAAGCUUCAACCAAUGUCGCAACUCCUUCCUUCAGCUACCGCUUCUGGCCAGAAGACGAGAUGCGCCAUCUCAUCGCUUUGAGAAACGGCGGUGCCACUUGGGCCAUGGUAUAUACGGAGUUUCCCAAUCGUACACACGAGGCCAUCAAGCAAGCUUAUCACAAGCGACGACACGCCAUCGAACAACAGAUGGAGAACGAGGCCACUGGAGCAACUUCGUCUUGA